UUUUUUCCUUCUUCUUGGGCUUUUGCCUUCGCCUCUGCCUCCUCUCUCUCUCCCUCUCAAUGUCCCACAUUUUUUGAAUCCUCUUUGAAAUAAAAAUAAAAAAAAACCCAGAAAAAAAGCUAUAUUUUUAUUAAAUAAACAAAAAAGCUUGAAAGUUUAAGAGACAGAGAGAGGGGGAGGUAAUUUGUUUAUAAUUGUUAAAGAUGAUGGAUCUAAGGCGAUUGGAGUUGGCGGUUGUGACGGUGGCGAUGGCAGUUGUGGGUGAAUUCGGUUGUUGUAGUUUUGGAAAUGUCGUUACUUUUGAUGUAAAACAUAAAUUUGCAGGUAAAGGAAAGAAUUUAAGUGCAUUGAGAGCUCAUGACAUCCGUCGUCAUGGUAGACUUCUCUCUACUGUCGACGUCGAUCUCCAUAUAGGUGGCAAUGGUCAACCUUCUGAAACUGGGCUAUAUUUUGCUAAAAUUGGAUUAGGAAAUCCAUCAAAGGACUAUUAUGUGCAAGUUGAUACUGGAAGUGACAUUCUAUGGGUGAAUUGUGCUGGAUGUGACAACUGCCCUACAAAAAGUGACCUUGGUAUAGAAUUGACACUAUAUGAUCCAAAAAAGUCCUCCACUUCAAGCUUGGUUUAUUGUGAUCACGAUUUUUGUACUUCGACAUAUGAUGGUAUGCUCCCUGGUUGCAAACCCAGUCUUCAGUGCCAAUAUAAUGUCAUUUAUGGUGAUGGAAGCUCAACUGCUGGAUACUUUGUUAAGGACACCAUACAACUCCAGAAGGUGACUGGAAACCUUAAGACUGGAUCUACAAAUGGGACUGUUAUAUUCGGGUGUGGUGCUAAACAAUCUGGGGAAUUAGGUUCAUCAAGUGAAGCACUAGAUGGGAUACUUGGAUUUGGACAAGCAAAUUCAUCUAUGAUUUCACAACUAGCUGCAGCCGGGCAAGUAAAAAGAAUGUUUGCACACUGUUUGGAUAAUAUAGAUGGUGGUGGAAUCUUUGCAAUCGGUGCAGUAGUAUCACCAAAAGUGAAAACAACACCUAUGGUUCCUAACCAGGCACAUUAUAACAUUGUAAUGAAGGCAGUUGAGGUUGGUGAUGCUGUACUAGAACUACCAAGUGAUACUUUUGAUGAUGCAGAUCAAAAAGGAACAAUAGUUGAUAGUGGUACAACCUUAGCAUAUCUUCCAUCCACAAUUUAUGAACCACUAAUGACAAAUGUUCUCUCCCAGCAGCCUGCAUUGAAAUUGCAUACGGUACAGGACCAGUUUACUUGUUUCAAGUUUGUGGAAAAUGUUGAUGAUGGAUUUCCAGUCGUAAAGUUCCAUUUUAAAGAUUCCCUUGUUUUAGCAGUUUAUCCCCAUGAGUAUCUGUUCCAAAUUCGCGAAGAUGCUUGGUGUUUUGGUUGGCAGAACAGUGGAAACCAAUCUAAAGAUGGCAAAGGAAUUAUCCUUUUGGGAGAUUUGGUGCUUUCAAAUAAGUUGGUUAUAUAUGAUAUCGAAAACCAGACUAUUGGAUGGACUGAAUACAACUGCUCUUCAAGCAUCAAGGUAAAGGAUGAAAAGUCAGGAACGGUGUAUUCUGUUGGUGCCCAUGAUGUUGGUUCAGCUUCCACUUCGACAAUUGGAGGAAUUCUAACAUUCUUGACUUUACUAAUUGCUUUACUACCCACUUCUAUUGCUUAGAUUGUUGGAACCAGCAGUACAGCAUUCUUUGAUUCUGUUGUACCAUAAUUUUUUUCAAUGAAAAUGUGGUUUAUUUAUUUAUUUAUUUAUUAUGCAACUCAGAUCCAAUACUUUCAUUAAUUUGUAAAUAUAUAUUCUUGGAAACAGCUGUUAUCCGCUGCAAAUAAACUUUUUAUUUUGAUUGGUUUGUUGGU